UUCUUCAAUAUUUUAACCCCGGAAAAUCCACCAUUUCGGACCUCCUUUCUCUCGUUCUCUCUCUCUCUUCGGUUCAGCCGCACUACUGUACAUGCGCCUCCAUAUCCCACCAUCAUCAAUCACCUGCUUCUGCUCUAGGGUUUCUUCUACACUUUUAGGGUUUUCAGAUACCCAAUCUUUCUCAUCGUUUCCCAUCUAAUCAUCCUCCAUCCCAGGGGUUUUGGAAGAAGCUGGAUAAUCCCCUCACUUUUCUCAGAAGAAUCUCCAUGCGCCGCUGGUUUAGCGGCUUCGUUGAUUAGGGAUUCACUUGUCUCUUUUUCAAAAGGUACAAAUCUGUUCUCAAUUUGAAGCGGGGCAACACACCGUUGUCCUAUCUAGGGCUAAGGGUUUGUUUGUUUUCAAUUGAAUGGCAUUGGGAGAUUUGAUGGAGUCUAGAUUUUCGCAAUCGCAGUCGUCAAUGGUGGCGAUGGUUUCUAAUCACCUCGACGGGUAUUCGAAUUUGCAACAUUCUAAUUUGAAUCCAACUGUUCUCCUUCAAGACGGAGUAGUGGCUGGUAAUAGAGAUAGAGAUUCUUCUUCUGAUUCAGUAGUUGCAGUGCAGAGGAGGGAGAAUCACAUCAACAGGGAAAAUAGCGAUAGGGAAAGGGAAGAUUCUGAGACUGUUGCUAGUACUACUAGCUGUGGAUUUGGAAAUGGGAAUGCGGUGGCCACUGGGAUAACGGCUACCAGUAUGGCUUAUUUGCCUCAGAAUAUUGUUUUAUCUGAGCUUCGGCAUGAUGCAUUCGAGGCUUGCACUCCAUCUGGUCCUGCUGAAAGUGGGUUGGUCUCCAAAUGGCGGCCUAAGGACCGGAUGAAAACAGGAUGUGUUGCUCUUGUUCUAUGUUUGAAUAUCAGCGUGGACCCACCCGAUGUAAUCAAGAUUUCACCUUGUGCCAGAAUGGAAUGCUGGAUAGAUCCAUUUUCUAUGGCCCCACAAAAAGCUCUUGAAACAAUUGGAAAAACAUUGAGUUUCCAGUAUGAAAGGUGGCAACCCAAGGCCAAAUACAAGAUUCAGUUAGAUCCUACAGUGGAAGAAGUGAAGAAACUUUGUACUACAUGUCGCAAAUAUGCCAAAUCUGAAAGGGUUCUUUUCCAUUAUAAUGGUCAUGGUGUACCUAAACCAACUGCCAAUGGUGAAAUUUGGUUUUUUAACAGGAGUUAUACACAGUAUAUUCCUUUGCCUAUCAGCGACCUUGACUCGUGGCUCAAGACUCCCUCCAUAUAUGUUUUUGAUUGUUCUGCUGCAGGGAUGAUUGUCAAUGCCUUCAUAGAGCUCCAGGAUUGGACUCCUUCAAGUUCUUCUUCUUCAGGAACUUCACCAAGAGACUGUAUUCUACUUGCAGCAUGUGAAGCACAUGAGACUCUACCACAAAGUCAUGAGUUUCCUGCUGAUGUCUUCACUUCUUGCCUUACAACUCCCAUCAAGAUUGCCUUAAGAUGGUUUUGCACUCGAUCAUUAUUACAUGAAUCACUUGAUUAUUCACUUAUAGACAGAAUACCUGGGAGACAAACUGAUCGUAAGACACUUCUUGGUGAGCUGAACUGGAUUUUUACUGCAGUUACAGACACAAUAGCCUGGAAUGUGCUUCCACAUGAUUUGUUUCAGAGAUUAUUCAGGCAAGAUCUUUUGGUUGCGAGUUUGUUUCGGAACUUUUUACUUGCAGAGAGAAUUAUGCGUUCUGCAAAUUGUUCUCCUGUAUCUUAUCCAAUGUUGCCUCCAACUCAUCAACACCAUAUGUGGGAUGCAUGGGAUAUGGCUGCUGAAAUCUGUCUUUCUCAACUUCCAACAUUGCUCGAGGAUCCCAAUGCAGAAUUCCAGCCAAGUCCUUUUUUCACUGAGCAAUUGACAGCAUUUGAGGUGUGGCUGGAUCAUGGUUCUGAACAUAAGAAACCACCUGAGCAGUUGCCUAUUGUUCUUCAGGUUUUACUCAGUCAAUGCCAUAGGUUUCGUGCACUUGUGCUUCUUGGAAGAUUUCUUGAUAUGGGUCCAUGGGCUGUUGAUUUGGCCUUGUCAGUGGGAAUAUUCCCAUAUGUUUUGAAGCUAUUGCAAACAACCACACCUGAACUCCGACAAAUUCUUGUGUUCAUCUGGACAAAGAUCCUUGCACUUGACAAGUCAUGUCAAGUUGAUUUGGUGAAAGAUGGUGGACACACGUAUUUUAUCAGGUUUUUAGAUAGUGUGGAAGCGUAUCCAGAACAACGUGCAAUGGCUGCAUUUGUUUUAACUGUCAUUGUUGAUGGACACAGAAAGGGGCAAGAAGCUUGUAUCGAGGCUAAUUUAGUAAAUGUCUGCUUAAAACAUCUUCAAGGUGGUUCCUCCCCUAGUGACACACAAACUGAGCCACUGUUUCUACAGUGGUUAUGUCUGUGUCUUGGAAAGCUUUGGGAAGAUUUCACAGAAGCACAAAUCAUAGGCCUACAAGCCAAUGCUCCUACUGUAUUCUCCCUUCUAUUAUCCGAACCCCAGCCUGAGGUUAGAGCUUCUGCUGUUUUUGCAUUGGGGACUUUACUUGAUGUUGGAUUUGACUCAUCUAGAGAUGGUGGAGAUGAUGAACGUGAUGAUGAUGAAAAAGUUGGGGCUGAAAUAAGUAUUGUUAAAAGCCUUUUAAAUGUUGUUUCAGAUGGAAGCCCUUUGGUCAGAGCAGAGCUUGCAGUAGCUCUAUCGCGCUUUGCAUUUGGACACAACAGGCAUUUGAAAUCAAUUGCAGCUGCAUACUGGAAACCACAGUCUAAUGCUGUUUUAAGCUCUCUACCUUCAUUUACAAUCAGGGGUUCAGUUUCUGGCUACAAUACUCCCAACCAGUAUUCCCAAAUUGGUCCUUUAUCAAGAGUAGGAGGUGGUGACAACCAAUCAAAUUCAAGAGAUGGAAGGGUUUCUUCCGGAAGCCCUCUUGCCACAUCUGGAAUCAUGCAUGGAUCUCCACUCUCAGAUGACUCAUCACAACACUCUGAUCCUGGGCUCCUGAAUGACAUCAUAACAAAUGGUGUCACCAACCAUACAACAAAUACAAAACCACGCCAGCUGGACAAUGCCCUCUACUCCCAAUGUGUGUCUGCCAUGUGUACAUUAGCAAAAGAUCCAUCACCACGCAUUGCAAGUUUAGGGAAGCGAGUUCUUUCCAUUAUAGGGAUUGAACAAGUUCCCACAAAGUCUGUAAAACCAAGUGGAAGUGUAAGGUCAGGGGAACAGUCAUCAUCAACUGCUAAUAGUCUAGCUGGAUUAGCUCGAUCAUCUUCUUGGUUUGAUAUGAAUGGAGGUCAUCUGCCUUUGACUUUUAGAACUCCCCCUGUUAGUCCACCUAGACCAAGUUACUUAACAGGAAUUGGAAUGAGAAGAGUCUGUUCACUGGAGUUCCGACCACACUUAAUGGAUUCAGGCCUUGCAGAUCCUCUUUUAGGCUCACCUGGAGUUCCAGGAGCUUCAGAGAGAAGCUUUUUACCUCAAUCAACUAUUUACAACUGGAGCUGCAGUCAUUUCUCAAAGCCUCUUCUUACAGCAACUGAUGGAUCUGAAGAGAUUAUGGUUAGACGUGAAGAAAGGGAGAAGUUUGCUCUUGACCAUAUCACAAAGUGUCAACAUUCUUCUGGUAGCAAUCUUCAUAAUCCAAUUGCUCGAUGGGAUACAAAGUUUGAGACUGGUGCUAAAACAGCUUUGCUGCAGCCUUUCUCUCCAAUAGUGGUUGCUGCAGAUGAGGGUGAAUGCAUCAGAAUAUGGAAUUACGAGGAAGCUACUUUGGUGAACAGCUUCAGUAAUCAUGAGUGUCCUGACAAAGGGAUAUCAAAACUAUGCCUGGUGAAUGAGCUUGAUGAAAGCUUGCUGCUUGUAGCCUCAAGUGAUGGAAAUGUGCGUAUAUGGAAAGAUUACACUUUAAGGGGUAAACAGAAACUUGUAACUGCAUUCUCUUCCAUUCAUGGCCACAGACCUGGUGUCAGAAGUGUGGGUGCUGUAGUAGAUUGGCAGCAGCAAUCUGGCUUUAUGUUUGCUUCUGGUGAAAUUUCAUCAACCAUGGUUUGGGACCUGGAUAAAGAGCAACUUGUGAGCUCUAUUCCUCUAGCAUCAGAUUGCAGCAUUUCAGCUUUGGCUGCUUCUCAAGUUCAUGGAGGUCAAUAUGCAGCUGGUUUUGUCGAUGGUUCUGUGAGAUUAUUUGACAUCCGAACACCUGAUGGUCUUGUUUGUGUUACACGACCACACACUCGAAGAGUAGAAAGAGUUGUUGGAGGUAUAGAAAGAGUUGUGGGAAUCGGCUUCCAACCCGGACUCGAUCCCGCAAAGAUUGUGAGUGCAUCUCAAGCAGGAGACAUUCAGUUCUUGGACAUAAGAAAUCAAAGUGACGCGUACUUGACCAUCGAUGCACACCGCGGUUCAUUAACGGCUCUAGCCAUUCACCGGCACGCACCGCUUAUAGCCAGCGGUUCAGCCAAACAGCUCAUCAAAGUCUUCAAUCUUGAAGGCGAACAGUUAGGCACAAUUCGUUACUCUCCCACUUUCAUGGCUCAAAAAAUCGGAUCUGUCAGCUGUUUAGCUUUCCACCCGUACCAAAUACUGCUCGCAGCUGGUGCUGCAGACGCUUGUGUUUCCAUCUAUGCUGAUGACAUCUCACCACCAAGAUAAAACAACAAAAACAACAAAAAAAAAAAGUCAAAGAAAACUCAUGCGGACUCUGAGUCUGAAUCUGUUAAGAUAUACAUUCGUUAAGCCUCCAAGGCUACUGAUGUUGGAAAAAGUGAAAAAAGUAAUGUUUGCAUUGCAUUUGGUGGAGAGGCUUCAGGAAAUAAUUUCAUUUCAUACGACUCAACAAACACAUAGCUGGUAUUGGUAUUGGUAAGUAUGGUAACGUCAACAUGUUAUGGUAUGGUAUAAAAGUUGUGUACAUAUUUCUUUUUUCUUUUUCUUUUUAGUGUUUGUGUGUUUUUUCUUUUUCUUUUCUUUUGCCAGUCUUGUUUCUCUAAUUUGUAAAAAAUCCCCUCCCCUCCCCCUCUCUUUUCUAAAUCUUUGCAUUUAUAUAUAAUUGAAAUUCCUUGUGAUUAUGUUGA